AGUAAAACCUCAGAACAAGCAAAGAGAAUAAACAAACAGGCUACACUUCAGCUUUUUAAAACUCUAGAGAGAUUAUUUAGCGAACACGACACAACUCCUGCCUUUAUUCAUUAUAUCCUGGCUCUUGACUGUCAAUUCCUCUGUGAAAGCGAUCAGGAAUAGCGGACUUUUAACGUGUUCAUAUGUAAACAGGCCUGAUGGAGGAGACACACCGUCAUGAGAAAAUCAUAGAAAAUAAACACUCACUGAAGAGAAAAGGCAAGAAAUGCGUCACCUGCACUCAGUGUGGAAUAAGUCUGUUUAACAAUUGGAGUCUCAGAAAUCACAUGAGGAUCCACACUGGAGAGAAACCAUUCACAUGUUCUCAGUGUGGGAUGAGUUUCAGACACCCGUCAAACCUUGUUAAACACAUGUUGACCCACACUGGAGAGAAAACACACAAAUGUGAUCAGUGCAGCAAAACAUUUUUGAUGGCUUCAUACCUGAAGAGACACCUUCGAAUUCAUACAAAGGAGAAGCUUUAUUCAUGCUCUGUGUGUGAAAAGAGUUUCAGACAUCAAGAUGGUUUAAGAGAUCAUCAGAAGAUCCACACCGGUGUGAGAGAGCAUAUUUGCUUGGAGUGUGAGAAGACCUUUAUUACGUCUGUAAAAUUGAAAAUGCAUGAGAGAACUCACACUGGAGAGAAACCUUACACCUGUUCACACUGUGACAGGAGAUUCAGUCUGUUAGAAAGCCUGAAAACACAUGAGAGAACUCACACUGGAGAGAAACCUUACAAGUGUUCACACUGUGCCAAGAGAUUCAGUAUAUUAGGAAGCCUGAAAACACAUGAGAGGACUCACACUGGAGAGAAACCUUAUACAUGUUCACACUGUGACAAGAGAUUCAGUGUAGUAGGAAACCUGAAAAGACAUGAGAGGACUCACACUGGAGAGAAACCUUACAAGUGUUCACACUGUGACAAGAGAUUCAGUGAUUCAAGGAAUCUGAAAAAACAUGAGAAGAUUCACACUGGAGAGAAACCUUGUAACCUUGAAGGUGUAAGUUCGCCAUAGUCUAAAAAAACUGCAUAUCUGCUUUGUUUCUCUUUAGAUAAUCAAUUCAGACACGUGUAGUGAAAUUAGCUCAGUUUUUGAGUAUUAUGAUCAAUAAUAAUGAGCUAUUAUUAAUUAUGAAUAUUCAGAAUUAACUUGUAGUUAAUUUAACAAAAUAAAUAUAACAGUGACUUCACCUUCUCGUCUGAGCAAACUCUGUAAUUAUUCAUUCAUUUAGAAAGGGAAUUAUAACUACUUGUGGAGUCGAUGAAUAGUUUAGAAGAUUUAGUAAACUUAAUCAGCUUGUAGCAAAGGUUUAUCGUUAAAGGGACUUUUUCUGUGAGGCAAAACAAAGAUAAUCCAGUGUGGCUAUAGCGUGAUUAAUUGACUAGUCUGACAUAUAACAAACAAAUGCACAAACAUAACAACAAAACUAUAGUAAACAAGGAAAUGAAGAGUUUAGAUAAAGGAAUGGCAAAUCUAGCUCAGUUCCACACAGCUAUUAAGAACCACCAAGAUUAUAAAAACACCUUUUUGAUAACGGGGUACAGCCUUAACGCACGACUAAAUACCUGGAUUUAGAUGGUCGGUCUCUUUCUCUCGUAGUGCAAGUUUCUCUGAAGAUAGAGUCUUGAGUGGAGCUUGCGAUGCAGAUCGGAGGAUAUGCGAGACGCAACUUCAAACUGAGUUUAAUUUGCCAGAAAUAAAAAACAUGGACUACUGCGAGUCACAGGUACAGUAACGUAGUCUGCCGCGUUAGGGACACUUCUGCGGACACCUUUUGCAGAGACUUUUCUGCAAUGGUUUGAUGGAUGUAGGAGGUAUUUAAAGACAGUUGUCAGGUGACUCCCAGUCUCUCCUGACUGACCAAUGGCAUGAGAGAAAAAAUCGAGCUGGAAACAUUCUUUGUUCUCCUCGCUGGUGCGUACAGUCCCAAGACAGACAGACAAAACUUUAACUCAUGGUUUGAAACUACACCAAGCAUACAAGUCAUCAUCCUAUGUUCUAGAUCAUGAGUUGUAGUGUUAUAUAUGGAGAAGAAUGACACCAAACAGGACUAUUUUAACAUAAUUCAUGGAUUCUUAGUUUGUCUAGUGUCUUGUAAAGGGCAUAUACAGGUAUAUUUAUCAAAAGAGAAAGUCGGGGAGAAAAUACUGAACAGUAAAUAUAAACACCAUUUGUAUGUUAAAAAUAAUGUUUAAAUACUUUAAUGGUUAAAAAUUGGGGGGGUGUUUGGAAUGUCUUUAAAGACAGGACAACUCUAGCUCUGGCCAACGUCUUGAUAGAUAAGAUGGCAGACUUGCUUUCACCAGGGUUCAUAAACUUAUGUGGAACGACCCAGUGCCUUUGAGGGGUCAUAACGGAAUUUGUUUUCCUCUGGACUGUACUUUACACACGUGUGAUAAUAUGAACACAAG